CUCUUGUCGACCGUGGAUGACGCAUUGAAGCGUGCUGGAGGACGGAGGAUGUUGAGGAUUCUUCUCAGAGUCUUAGCAUCUUCACAAACUCAAAGAAACGUAAAGGCGGCCGCUGUGCACCGGAGCCUCUGUUCUGCAGCCUCACGGCCAGCCCUGCUUGGUUCUGGCCUAGCUGUGAACACAAUGGAGCCUGAAUUGUACCGACCCCCUCCAGAGGUCCGGGGUAUGACCUGUCUGGACAAAGAAGCCUUCACACAGACUAUCACUGUCCCAGCUCUACGGGUGCCCGCUGGAGUCUUAAACAAAGUGGUAAAGAGCCUGAAAAAGUCGUCCAUCCAGCGCCCAGGGGUGCCCAGAGUGGUGCAGGAUGAAGAGGGGAGUAGUGACUUUCGUUUAGUCCUGUUGGACCCCCACAAAGUGUCCUCGCCAAGCUCCUUCAGUGAAGCUGAGGCUGAGGCUCUGAGGGCGUUCGGUGUCGCUCAGGAGCUGCAGCACUACGAUCUGCAGCUCACCUAUCACAACCUGAAGAGCGAGGAAGUGCUGGAGGCUGUGCUCCCCCAGGGUCAGGAUGUGACCUCUUCGUUCAGCCGGGUGGGACACAUCGCACACAUGAACCUGAGGGACCACCAGCUCCCGUACAAGAACCUCAUAGGUCAAGUCAUCAUGGACAAAAACCCCGGUAUUACCUGUGUGGUCAAUAAGACAAACGUGAUCAACUCCACUUACCGCAACUUCAAGAUGGAGGUGCUAGCUGGAGAGGAGAACAUGGUCGCCAAAGUGAAAGAAAACGGGGUGACAUACGAGUUUGAUUUCUCCCGUGUGUACUGGAAUCCUCGGCUGAGCACGGAGCACCAGCGUGUGGUGCAGCUCAUCAAACGUGAUGACACCGUGUUUGAUGUGUUCGCUGGCGUCGGACCCUUCGCCAUCCCAGCAGCCCGCUUGGGUGCCAACGUGCUGGCCAACGAUCUCAACCCCGAGUCCUACCGAUGGCUACAGCACAACUGCAAACUCGGCAAGGUGGAGAAAAAAGUCAGAACCUUUAACCUGGACGGCAGAGCGUUCAUCCAGGGACCUGUGAAGCAGGAGCUGCCUGCGCUGCUGAAGGAAAAAAACGCUGUUCACAUUGUGAUGAACCUGCCUGCCUUGGCUCUGGAGUUCCUGGAUGCAUUCAGAGGUCUGUUGCACCAGGAGCCUUCCUGUGAGGAGAACCUACCCACAGUGCACUGCUACGGUUUCUCUAAAAAAGGCGACCCUGAGACGGACGUGGUGAAGUUGGCUUCCCGCAGCCUCGGAUUCCCUUUGGAGAACCGGUGUUCUGUGCAUUUUGUGCGUAAUGUAGCACCCAACAGAGAUAUGAUGUGUGUGAGAUUCACACUCCCUAAAGAGGUCCUCUUCAGCAGUGAUCACGAACAGACUGAGCCUUCAGAAGAACCGGCCCCAAAGAGACAGAAGUGUGAAGAAGCUACGGAUUCGAUGUAGUUGUCAUAUUGACCCGUCAUUAUGAGGAAUCCAAGGAAAUAUUUUGAGUUGAGAAUGUUUUUUUUUUUUUUU